AUGAGGCCCCCAGUCCUGUUCCCUGCCCUCCUCUGGCUCCAGGGCUUCUUGGCUAGGGAAGAUGUGUGCCACUCCCUGGAAGGGAGCCCAGCCGGGGAGAGUGGAGGACCACCUCUGAAAAUGAACGUCAGCAGAGAGGGGAGGCCGACUAGCCUCUUUUUGAGCUGGGCAGCCCCAGAGCCAGGCGGGUUCAGCCACGCCCUGUGCCUCACCUAUCUGCUCCCCUGUUCUCCUGAAGGGCAGCCGCUCCAGGCCCACACCAACGUGUCCAGCUUUGAGUUCCAGGGCCUGGUGCCAGGAAGUUGCUACCAACUGGAAGUGACCGCCCUGCGACCCUGUGGGCAGAAUGCCACCGUCACCCUUACUGUCUACACUGCCCCAUUGUCUGUCUGCUACCUGCAGCUCCAUAGCCCUGGGAGCCCAUCCAGCCUGGAGGCCUCAUGGAGUGCUGCCCCUGGGGAGCAGGAUGGCUACCUGUUUCUCCUCUACCACCUGGAGUCCCAGACAUUGACACACAAGAUCUCUGUGCCCCCAGGCACCCUGUCCUACAAUUUUAGCGACCUGUUGCCAGGUAGCGAGUAUGAUCUGGAGGUUACCACCUGGGCUGGCCACCUCCAAGUGAAGACCAGCAUCCGGCAGUGGAUAGCCCUUGUGUCCCCAGAUCAGCUGGUGCUCCCUACCCUGGGCACCAGUGCCCUGUGAGCCUCCUGGACUGGCUCUGUGGGGGCCGCCUGGCUCCACCUGGUGCUCACAGACCUCCUGGGUGGCACCAACUGGACUGUGGUGGUCAGACAGAGGGUCUCCAGUCACACCUCUGUCCACCUCUCUCCGGGCACCCCCUAUGAGCUGGUGCUCAGUGCUGCUGCUGGGCCCCAUCGGGCAGUGGGGCCCAAUGCCGCUGAGGGGACACGGCCCCUGCCCACUGGGUGUGAUGCUCUGGAGCUGAGGGUUCUGGCUGGGCCCUAUGAUGCCUGGGCCCAGGCCAGCACCCAGCUGGACGAUCCUACAGCACAGCCCAGACAAGGCGACGGCAUCAAGCUGCCGCUGGACAGGCUGGAGGCCACCACGGAGCCAGGCAUGCUGCUCCACACAGAGGAAGCCCCAGGCCUCCUUGGAAGCAGCUCCAUGCCACCUGGUGCCACAGUCACUUUCCAUGGGCUGGUGCCCAGGGUCCCCCAGGUGGACAUGGUCUCCUCUCUGGGAGACACCACCCAGAGCCUCACAGGCCGUACAAGGCCCCUGGCACCCCAGUCACUGGAGGUCACUGGCAGGGGCAGCCCAUCGGACCUGAACAUAGGUUGGGCCCCAGCACCGGGGCAGUGGGAAGGCUACAGGGUCAGCUGGCACCAAGAAGGCAGCCAGGGGUCACCGUGCAGCCUCGUCGACGUGGGACCUGAUAAUUCCAGCCUGAUGCUGAAGGGUCUAGUGCCUGGCUUCUGCUAUAGUGUGUCUGUGUGGACCUGGGCGGGGAACCUCAGCUCCUGCAUCCAGACGACCCGCACCUGCACCCGGAAGUCUUGGCUGCAGCCUCUGGGAGUCCCUGCUUCUCCUGCCAACCUGAGCCUGGGCCUGGCCUCCCUGCCUCCUGCCCUGAGGGCCUCCUGGAGUCCCCCACCGGGCGGCAGGGACGGCUUCCAGCUGCGGCUUUACUGCCGGAGGGCCCUGACUCUGGAAAGCCAGGAGAUGCUGGCUCCCGAGGCUCAGUACUUCUCCUGGGCCCAGCUGGCCCUGGGCACUGAGUUCCUGGUAUGGCUGGCCGCCCUGCAGGGCCCGGAUGAGAGCAGCAGUCCCAGCUCCAUGGGCUGGAAUAGCACCAGGAGACCCAAUGCCCUGACUGGGAACCCCCAGGCCCAGGCCCCCAGCAGCCUGCACGGAGGGCAGAGCCCUGGGGUUUGCUCUCGUGCAGUGGCCAUGGGUGCAGGACCCUCCACGCUCUCGGCCACGCUGUGGAGGUGGGAGGUGGGAGCCCCUCUCACCCCUCCUCUGGUAAAUGUGACCAGUGAAGGCCUGGCUCAGCUCUGGGCAUCCUGGGUCCAUGCUCCCGGGGGCUGGGAUGGCUACCAGGUGACCCUGUACCAGGCAGGUGUCCAGGCAGGCACCAGCACUGUGGGAGCUGAGGGGGACAGCACGAGCUUUCCGGCUCUGACUCGCACUAAGUACAAGGUGGAGAUUGUCUCCCAGGCUGGGACCCUCCACACGGCGGCCGCCAUCGCCUCUGGCUGGACCACCCCACUCAUGCCCAAUGAGUUGUUGGUGUCCAUGCGGGUGGGCAGUGCCGUGAUUGGCCUGGUCUGGGCCAGCGGCCCCUUGGGGCAGGGGGUGUGCCAAGCUCAGCUCCCAGUGGCCGGGAACAUCUCCUGGGAGCAGCCCCUGGUGCUGGGCCAGGCCCACCUCGUCCCGAGGGACCUCACACCUGGAUGCAGCCUCUCCCUGUCCAUGCAGUGUCGGGCGGGCUGCUGCAGGCGUCUACCCCCCCGUGCUGCUGCGCAUUGCCCAGAACCUUGGAUUCUCACAGAGCCUGGCCCCUUGGAGGUUGUGCAGUGCCACUCCGAGGCCACCUGCCUGGCCCUGAACUGGGUGGUGCCUGCGGGGGACGUAGGCUCCUGCGUGUUACUGGCAGAGCAGCUGGCCUCGGGAGGGAACACUCAGCUCAUUUUCCAGGCCAGCAACUCCGGGGAUACUCUCCUGGUGUCCAGCCUGGCUCCUGCCACUUCCUACUGCCUCAGCCUCGCCGUGCUGGGCAGGAAUGGCCUGCGGCGUCGGGCUGUUGCCAUGGUGUGCACCACUUCUGCAGCGGGGAGGCAGUCUUCACGCCUCGGGAGCCCCUCUGCUCACUCGGGCUUCCUCUGUUGUCACCCACUGGGGCUCUCCCUCCUCUGGCCUUGCUGCGGGGGCCCCUGCUUUCCAAGCCCCAACCCUUUCUCUGGCCCUGAUCCAGCCGGGGUGGGAGUGAUGGUCACACAGGGCGUGUUUGGCAAGAAUGACGGGCAGACCUGGUGGGACGGCGUCAUCGCCACCACCAACACAUCACUGGCUUGGCCUUCUCGGGGAGCCAUCAACGGCACGUGGUACGACCACUACUCUGGAGAACAGGUCUACCUGGCCAUCCUACUUCCCAAUCCCUUCCCCCCAGGGCCCUGGGCCACACUGAGAUCCUGGACGGUGCCUGUGGGCACGGAGGACUGUGGGCAGACCCAGGAGAUAUGCAAUGGGCAGCUCAAGCCAGGUUACCAGCCCCGUCUUUCUGCCCCAGGUUGUGUUGUGGCCUUUACUGAACACAGCUCUCCUGAGACAGCUGUCUUCUCAGCCUUCUCAGGGCCCCAGGCCGGUGUCUCCCGGAUGGCAAUGCCCCUGCCAGUGGUGGUGGGCAUCGUGGCGGCUGGAGUCCUCACCGUCUGUGCUGUGCUGGGCCUGCUGCACUGGAGGCGGGUGAAGGGGCAGAGGGCAGAGAAGAAUCUGUUUUCCCAAGAGCUGACAGCUUACAACCUGUGGCAGACCCACCAGCCAAUCCCCAUUCACAGCUUCUGGCAGAGCUACGAGGCCAAGAGUGUGCAUGCUCACCAGGCUUUCUUCCAAGAGUUCGAGGAGCUGAAGGAGCUGGGCAAAGAGCAGCCCAGACUGGAGGCCGAGCACCUUGCCAAUGCCACCAAGAACAGCUACCCGCACGUGCUGCCUUAGGACCGCUUCCGGGUCCCGCUGGCCCAGCUGGAGGGAUAGCCCCACUCCGCCUACAUCAAUGCCAACUUCAUCCUGGGCUACACCCACCCGCAGGAAUUCAUCGCCACCCAGGGGACGCUCAAGAGAACUCUGGAGGACUUCUGGCGGCUGGUGUGGGAGCAGCAGGUCCAUGUCAUCAUCACGCUGACCAUCAGCACGAACCGAAGGGUGCUGUGUGAGCAUUACUGGCCGGCCGACCCCACCCCUGUCACCCACAGUCAUAUCACUGUCCACUUCCUGGCUGAGGAGCCCAAGGACGAGUGGACCAUGUGGGAGUUCUGGCUGCAGCACAUGGCCCGGCGGCAGCAGCAGAGGGUGAGACAGCUGCAGUUCACCACGUUGCCUGACCACAGCGUCCCCGUGGUCCCCAGCUCCCUGCUCACCUUCACAGAGCUGGUGAGGGAGCAGGUGAGGGCUGCGGGGCCCAUCCUGGUGCACUGCAGCACCGGCGUGGGCCGCAGUGGCACCUCCGUGGUCCUGUUGAGGCUGCCACAGCAGCUGGAGGAGGAGCCGACAGUGGACGUGUUCAACGCCAUAUACGAGCUGCGGCUGCACCGGCCCCUCGUGAUGCAGACCCUGAGCCAAUACAUCUUCCUGCACAGCUGCCUCCUGAACAGGACUCUGGAAGGGCCCCUUGACCCCUCUGAGUGGCCCAUCCCAGUGGCCAGCUUUGCCCAGGCGUGGCCCCAGAGGGCGGCCCAUGCCAGCGUGGCUUCCUGCAGGAGUACGAAGUACGCUUCGGGCCGGGGUUGGCCAUUGGGGAUGAGGCUGGCUCGUCAACGCCCCGCCCCGGCCAUGAACAGGACAGCACUGUCCCCUACGCCCGUCCUCAAGCGGAGGAGAGCCCCCUGGACGAGCUGCCCGAAGCCUGGCUCUUCCUUGUCAGAUGAGGACCUGUUGCGCUCUUCGACCAUCUGUGCUUCCUGGGCGAGGGCUCCUGGGGGCCCUAGAGCUGUGGGUCGGGCAGGGGACACCCUCAGUGCCCAGAGUGCAAUGGGCUGUGCUCUGCAGGGUAGAGACCUCCGGGAGCUCCCGAGCCGCCCUGACUUGGUCCUGCCACGGGAGUUCUGGCCAACGGAGAUGCAGGCCAUGGUCGUGCACACAGUGACAGUGUGCUGGGUGGCCGAGAGCAGCAUGAGGGAGAGCCGGAAGGAGAGGCUGGUGCAGAGACUGCAGUUUCCGUGCUGGGAGCUGGGGCACAAUCUCCUGCCACCACCCUGCUGCCCUUCCUGGCCGCUGUGGGCCAGUGCUGCUCCAGGACACGGAGAAGCUGGGCGCGCUGCUCGGCCACUCCAGGUGCUAUUGGACAAAGGAGUUUAUCCUCCCUGCCCGGGCCCAGCCUGGCUCACCAGGGACCUAACGUGCCUUCCAGGCCCCAGGCCCCGGCUGGGUCUCCCCACAGACCUGGGUACCCCCAUCCCCCUCCCUCAGGGACCCCAUCCAACUCUAGGCCAAUUGCAGCAACGGGCAGCCCUGCUGGGCACCUUCCUGGCCGUGGACCAGCUGCUGAAGCAGGUGGGGGCUGAGGGCACCGUGGACAUCUUUAACGUGGCCCUGCAGCAGUCACUGACCUGUGGCCUCAUGACCCCCAUGCUGGCACAGUACAUCCACCUCUACAACUGUCUGAGCUGCGCGCUGCUGGAUGGGCUGCCCUGA